GGGUCUCUCUCUCUCUCUCGCCCAAAUUCUUCGGAAGCCCUCAUUUUGAAAAAUUUCGUUCCAUUAAUUUGACCUACUCUUACUACUCUCUCUGUCGUGUUAGUUCCCACUUCGCGAUAAAAUCGAUUCGGGUAUUUUUGCUUUGCGUCGCACAUCACAUGGAUGGAGCUAGAAGGAAGCGUGUUCGUGUCACUGCCAAAGGAUCGAGAGGUGGAAGAACAAGUGAGGGUGAUUUGAUAAGCGAUUUGCCAGAUUCAUUGCUAUGUGAGGUACUCUUGAAACUUACCACUAAGGAUGUCGUUAGGACUAGUGUUUUAUCUAGAAGAUGGAGAAAUCUCUGGAAAUGCGUACCUGGAUUGGACUUGGAUGGUGGGGAUUUCCGUGAACAAGGCUGUGAUACGGAAAGCAGCAUGGAAAAUUGCGUGAGUUUUGUCGAUAGAUUUCUAGGUCUUCACAGUGAGUCCAACUUGGAAAGUUUUAGGUUUAACUGCCUUGGUCCUGGGGAUCGUGAGCCUGAUAAUGCUCUUAUCUGGCGGUGGAUGAACACUGUCCUCGACCUGAAAGUUAAAUAUAUUGACUAUAGCGAAGAUGCAUAUGAGAGUGAUGAGCCUCAGAUACCUCCAGCCAUUUACACUUGUCAGACUUUGGUAUCCUUACAGCUCUUUCGCGUAACCAUGUCCAGUCCCGAGUUUGUUUCUUUACCUUCUCUCAGAGUUCUCAAGCUAAGUUUUGUCAAAUUCCUCGAAGAUUUGGCUAUGGAAACGCUCAUCUCAGGCUGCACAGCUCUUGAAACCUUGAUCAUUGAUAGAAAUGCCCACGAAUACGAUCAACUACUAGUUUUACGAGUCUGUUCUCAGUCUCUGUUGAGCUUCAGUCAUUAUCAGAGCAAGGACGAUGAUUUUUUGGUAGAUACAUCAGUUGUAAUUGAUGCUCCUAGGCUUAAGUUUCUGAAGCUACAGGAUUUGCAAACUGAAAGUUUCAUAAUUAAAAAUUCCGGUUCCCUUGUUGAGGUGGAUCUCGAUUUUGUGUUUAGCUUGAAUUAUGGAAGGAAUUUUGAUCCAGGUGAUCUACCAAAGAGAAAUAUGAUUCGUAACUUUCUUGGUAGCACCUAUCUCGUCAAAGAUAUGAUCAUCUCAUCCAGGACUCUUGAGGUCAUCUAUGACUACUCUAGAUGUGAACCACUGCCCUUAUUCUGUAACCUGUCUUCCUUGCGUGUGGAUUCCACCCACGACAGUUGGGAAAUGUUGCCAAACUUUCUUGAGAGUUGCCCAAAUCUGAAAUCUCUUGUCUUGGAUUUUAGUCAUUCUUUGGACGAGGGGAGAAUCAAUAUGAUUCCUGGACCUCGGUGUGUCCUAUCAUCUCUCGAGUAUGUUAAGAUAGAAAGGCCAUUGAAAGGGGAUGAGAUGGAGAUGAAACUAGUGAGUUACUUUCUUGAGAACUCACCAAUCCUCAAGAAACUGACUCUGAGCGUGAGGGAUUACAGAAAGAAAAAAGAAUCUGUCAUCUUAAAGGAACUCAUAGCUAUUCCAAGACUCUCUUCCUCAUGCCAAGUGAUCUUUCUCUGAUACUGAUAUUAUCUGGGGCAAUUUAGACAUUAUCUGGUGGUAGUCAUCAGAUUUUUAGACUAUGAAAUUUCAAGUUUAUUCGUUUGUGUUGUGAUAAUGUUGAUGUGUUGAAACCUCGUAAGAAAAGCCACUUAAACCAAAACUGCUCACAUCUCUGAUUGUAAAUAUUGUGAAGGAAGUAAGAGAAUCUGCUUCUGUUGUAUCGAAUUGUGCAACUUUAUUUGUUAUGUGAUUAUAAAACAUUGAAACUUGACUU